GUUGCAGCGAAUGCAGAGGAGACGGACAGAUGAAUGAAUGAAUGAACCUAAGCAAAGCCUCUGCUGCAGCUAGACUAACGCACAGAUAGCAAGCUUACACAGGAGAAGAAUGCUGUCUGCCUCUUCAGGUGCUGAGGUUCAGUGCAGUGUUACAAUUGAAUACCUCAACACUGCUAGCCAGGCGACCAAGCGCAAAACUGUUCGCAAUGCCAUUAUCACCCUCGGACGCAAUGAAUUCCGUGAUAUCCUUGUUCGGGUGCACGACGGCAAGCUGUCGCAAAGCUUUAUCCUGCGUGAAAUCCAACUUUUCACACAGUUUAUUCGGGAUGGGAAGAGUUCCAUCAAACUGAUUCCAGAUAAUAUUCAGAUCCUAGUUUCGAACUGUCCACCAGAUAAGCUAAAAGUGUUCUUUAAAACUCUUUCCAUCAAAUACGCAGCAGAUAAGAAGGCCAGCAAACCAGUCAGUGAGCGAGCCCGGCUGCGAUCCACACUCCCCCGGACAUUUGAUACAAUCAGCCCUGUGCAAGUACAGGACGUGAAAAGGGCUAACGGGCUUGAAUCGCAUGGAACUGUGCGAACACCAAUUUCAACCAAGGGGCUGAAGGAUCGAAUAAACAACAUGGGGCCAAGCAGGCACACAAAGCGACCCCGGAGCAUCUCAUCGGAAAACCGUCCGGACACUGAGCUAAAGUCUGCCAAAAAGCCCAUCUUGUCGAUGCCAAGUGGACGGAAGCUGACAAAGGAACAGUCACACAUCCUUAGCACGAUCCUGAAAGGAAAGAAUAUCUUCUUCACUGGAAGUGCUGGAACUGGGAAAUCUUUUUUACUGAAGAGAAUUGUGGGAGCAUUACCACCAAAAAGCACCUAUGCCACAGCGAGUACUGGAGUGGCUGCCUGUCACAUUGGAGGAACGACUCUCCAUGCAUUUGCAGGAAUUGGUUCAGGAAAAGCUCCCUUACAACAAUGUGUAGAGCUGGCUCAGAGAUCUGGGAUUAUAAGACACUGGCAAAACUGCAGACAUCUUAUCAUAGAUGAAAUCUCCAUGGUAGAAGGAGAAUUCUUUGACAAACUUGAAGCAGUGGCCAGGAUUGUUCGUAAAUGUGAUGAGCCAUUUGGUGGAAUCCAGCUGAUAGUUUGUGGAGAUUUUCUACAACUUCCUCCUGUGUCCCGAAACAAAGAAAAAUACAAAUUUUGCUUCCAGGCUAAGAGUUGGCAGAAAUGUAUCCAGGUAAAUAUGGAACUAACGGAGGUCCGAAGACAAACUGAUAAAAAGUUCAUUGCAAUAUUGCAGUCUAUUCGUCUUGGGAGAUGUCCAGAAGAAGUUGCUGUCCAGUUGAUCAACACAGCCAACCAAAAAAUUGACCGGGAUGGAAUCUUAGCAACACAGCUUUGCACACACAAGGAUGAUGUGGAAUUAACUAAUAAGCACAGGCUCCAGCAAUUACCAGGGGAAUUGCAUACAUAUCAAGCUAUUGACAGCGAUCCCAUGUUUGUACAAACAUUAAAUGCCCAAUGUCCUGCAGGUCAGACACUGCAGCUGAAGAAAGGGGCACAGGUGAUGCUGACUAGAAAUCUGGACAUAGACAAGGGAAUGGUAAAUGGUGCUCGAGGAGUUGUCAUUGGCUUUGAAUCUGGAAACAUACCCCUUCCCCAAGUCAGAUUUUUGUGCGGUGUAACGGCGACGAUAAAGCCAGAACGUUGGAUGGUUAAAGGUUUAGGUGGAUCCUACCUGACGAGACAUCAGCUGCCUUUGAAGUUAGCCUGGGCCAUCUCCAUUCACAAGAGUCAGGGCAUGUCAUUAGACUGUGUGGAGAUCUCACUCGCACGCGUAUUCGAAAGCGGGCAGGCAUAUGUGGCGCUGUCUCGUGCUCGAAGCUUGGAAGGUCUUCGAGUGAUGGACUUUGACAGGAGAGUGGUCCAUGCUAACACGGACGUCCUGAGUUUUUAUAGCAGAUUAAAAAAGGAAAGGAUCCUGAUGCAGUCUUCACUGGAUGGUUACAUUGAAACAGAAAAUCAGGAAAACAAGAUGCCUAGAAGACUAUAGGGUGUUUUUCGAAGCAAAUCCUGCUCUUCACCAUCAUCCUCUGAGAAGCUCCAUUUUGAUCUUGAUCAUUUUAACUUAUGCUGAUCUUACAUAUGUUUUAUAAACACUGGCCUUGUCCUUUUUUACAUUUUAAAUUAGCAGUCAGGUGUUAUUUAUGGCAUCAGAGCUGAAAUUAGCGCUGUGGAAUGAGAAAUGUCAAUGGCAAUGGCAAUUUUCUAAUCACCAACGAUGUACCUCUGUUUUCCAUCGCAUAAAUGAACCUCUGAUUUUGUAAAGUAAAAUUAAUAGAACACUUUCUAUCCUACCUAGUAAUUGGAAAUGUUUCUUUCCAGAUGUGUAUGUCACAAUUGGUACCUUAUCCCAAAGGAAUGGCUCGCUCUUCUCCCCAUGGGAGAAAGAAAAUAAAUAAAAACUCUUCUUUCUCUUUCCUCCUUUCACUUCUCACCACUAAAGAUAGUGGGUGUCUGCUAGCCUAUUGUGCUAUGGUUGCAGCAUUCCCUUUGAUUCCUUACAAAACUCACCAAUUGUUCAAAUAUGACAAUCACCUGACUUCCAGCUCAAGCAUAUUGUUCUUAAAUUUUCCUAUUUGUUUAUUUCAAUAAUUUGAAGAGCUGUUUUGUUUUUGCAUUUAUAUAAAACAAAUUGUAGUGCUUCCUGUAGCCGUUUUUGAACCAGGACAGAUUAUGGUUUGGAAUUGAAAUCACUCUGUUCUGUUUAUCUCAGUUAUUGGCUGGCUUCUACUGCAAAGCCAUAAUGACAACAAAAUAAACCGUAGGCAGACUUUUAUGGUUCCCUGUCAAUGAUUUUGCAGGCAGGAGUCUUGUAAAU